AUGCCUCAACAGCUCCGUGUACACCUACUAUACGAAUCCAAUUCACAAUCACUUGGCAAGCAUCAUGAUGAGCAUCUGCAACAUAAGGAGCUCAAAUCACCUGCACGAAUAGCUUUCCAUGAUAACGGAUUUAGGAGCAGUACGCGCCCCUCGUGCAGUGCUCCCUUCAGACGUCACUGCUCUACGUACAACCGGUGGUCACUGAUUAUUGUGCUGUUCUGCCUCAGCAACGGCCUCAUACACUCUUUUGAAAGAAUGAUUGAGAAAAAGCAUGAGAUAUCUCUCGUCAGGGAACCUAGCGUUGACAAUGGACAGCUCGCAGCGGAGAAGCAGAUGCGCGAUAUUGGCGCAGAUUUAUACCUCGAAGUUCAACAGUGCUCUAGAGAAGAGCUUGACGCAGAACGCAAAAUUGUAUUGAGAAAGAUUGACUGGGUCAUUAUGCCAAUGUUCCUUGACAAGCUUUCCUUGAACUAUGCAAAUGCCUACACGCUGACUCCAGAUCUGGGUCUUGAGGGCGCACGGUAUGGGUGGGUUGCAGCCAUAUUCAACUUCGGAUACCUUUUCUGGGCUUUACCUGCAAACUAUCUGAUCCAACGACUGCCCGUAUCAAAGUACACGGGCUCUAUGAUUCUCCUUUGGUCAAUCCUCCUAUGCUGCCAUGUUGCCGCGAAAGACUACGCCGGCAUGCUCGCCCUGCGCUUCCUACUCGGCAUGUUCGAGGCCUCCAUCUCCCCUGCCAUCAUGAACAUCGUCUCCAUGUUCUACACUCGCACCGAGCAACCACUCCGCAUGUGCGUCUUCCUCGCUUUUAACGGCAUGGCCACCAUGGUCGGCGCACUGUUAGGCUACGGUCUCGGCCACGCACACAGUCCCCACCUCAAGACCUGGCAGCUCAUCUUUCUCGUCAUCGGACUCUUGAACUUUGCAUGGGCAUGGGUCUUCCUCUGCGUGAUGCCCGACUCGCCCUCGACGGCCAAAUUCCUAACCCACAAACAGCGCAUCGUAGCCAUCGAUCGCAUCGCGCGCAAUAUGAUUGGUGUCAAAACCACGGCUUUUGACAAAAAUCAAGCUGUAGAAGCACUCCUCGACUUCAAAGUCCACUGCCUCGUCCUCAUCGGCCUAGCCUGCGGCGUCGUCAACGGCGGCGUCUCCAACUUCUCCUCCUCCCUACUCAAAGGCUUCGGCUUCUCAGGAAUCUACGCCACCCUCCUCCAACUCCCCACCGGCGCCAUCGAAUUCCUCAUCGUCCCACUCUGCGGCCUCGCAGCCGGCUACUUCAAAAACACGCGCUGCAUCAUCCUAGCCCUCAUCUGUCUUCCCCCUCUCGCCGGCCUCUUGGGCAUCCGCCUCACCCCCCUGUCCCACCGCUGGUCCCUCGUCGGCUGCACCUGGCUACAAUACAUCAUCGGCGCCCCCGUAAUCCUCAGCUGGAACCUCCUGACAACCAACAUUGCAGGCCACACCAAGCGCAGCACCGCCAACGGCCUCUGGUUUUGCUUCUACGCCGCCGGUAACAUUGCCGGUGCGAACAUCUUCUUCGCCGACGAAGCGCCCCGCUAUUUCUCCGCCCUCACCGCCCUCGUCGUGUGUUAUGUGGCUAUGGUCGGGGUGGCGCUGACGCUGGGCGUGUAUAUGCGGUGGGUGAAUCGGAGCAGGGAUUGCAGGUUUGGGGCUGGGGAGGGGGAGGACGCGGUGAGGGAUGGGUUUGAGGAUGUUACGGAUGGGCGGGCGCGGUAUUUUAGGUAUGCGUUGUGA